AUGUCAGGGACGCCAGUGCUGCCACGGGGAGCCAGGCGGGCGCCAAUCCUCCAGACGGGGCGGCCGCUCCCACCGGCACCCUGCCUGCUCCCGCCGUGGAGUUACCAUGGGAAGGCAGCGGUGGUGGCGCAGGGGGAGCGCAGGCUCCCGGGGGCUCCCGCCAGCAGCCCACACGCUGCCAGGAGAGAUUUCUCCUCGGUUUCAUCAUCCGCUGCCUGCCCUGAAGGAGAAGUUCCUGCUUCACGCACGGAGCGGCAGCCACCCCUCGAGGGCUGGGGUGCAGCGGGGGCCGCGCGGGUCCCGCAGCCCCGCCGUGCCCCCCCCGCCCCCGUGUGCUCAGGCCUGUCGCGCUCGUGCCACGUGUGCACUGAGGGUGCACGGCAGCAGCUGGCAGAGCCGCGCUGCCACAGCCCCGGGCUCAGCACCGCAGCGCUGGGGGCAGCCUGCGCCCAGGCAGGGGGUCUCGGAGGGUCCCCAGGACCCGACACGGUUCCCGAGCUCAGUCCCUCCCUCCCUCCCAGCACCAGCAUCACCACCGAAGCCUUGAGUGGCUGCAGCUGCCGCGUGCCCGGGCAGUGCCGGGGAUCCCAGGCUGCCCCCCGCGCCUGCCAGGCUGUGGUGGGGGAAACCGAGGUACAGUGCGACUCACCCCACGACAAAACUGGCACUGUAUCCCCUCGCCAAGUGAACGCAGCCACGGAUCGAGGGCGGCUGUGGCCCAAGACGUGGAUCUGCUCCGGCGGGAGGAUUUCCCGCAGCCCCGUGCGCAGGGACCGGGAACAGCCCACGAGUGACACCCCCCGCCCCACGGGCGACGUGUCCACCGGCUCCGGCGGCGGGCGGGGACAGAGGGGCCGUGCAGUGAUCGCGUGCCAACCGUGCCCACCCGCCGCCCGCAGCAUCCCAAAUCAGCGCGACUCACCGCAACCGGGCGGCAAAAGCUGUCGCCGCACCGGUCCCCGUCCCGAUCCCGCUGCCGGUGGGUCGGCACCUCCGCGCAACCCCGCCGCCCCGCCCCACCCCCCUCGGGAGGGCGGGGGUCUUGCGGGCCCCCCGGGACCGGGGCGCGCGGGUGGGGGGCGGCUGAGUCAGAGGCGGUUAACGGGAUCGGGCGGGGGUCGGCCCCCGGCCUGGGCAGGAGAGCACGGGACGGCCCCGCUGCGGCCCCCACCGGCGCCGAGUGCGGUGCCAGGCGCCGAGCGCGCCCCGCCCGCUGCGGCCGCCGAGUGCCGGGGCCGGCACGGCACUGCCCGCUCCGCCCCGCGGACACGGGGGGCGGGGAACCGGGCACGGGGGGGUAAGAACCGAGAAGUGUACACCGAGGGAGAGUUUCGAGUGCCGGGCACGGGAAACCGUGCAGCGGGCACCGGGGUACUGGAGUGCCGGGGACGGGGCGAUGGAGAGCUGGACACGGAGAACGUGGCACCGCGGGGUGCCGGGCAGGCGGGGGCGCAGCGCAGGGAGCAGCCCCCUGUUCUCGGCGGCGCUGGAGCGGGGCGCGGCGGCCCCCAGCAGGGUGGCUCCUCCGCAGGUGCCUGGGCGCGGGCCCCGCGCAACCUGUUUGGCCGCUGCCGGCUCAGGGAGGCAGCGGCGGCCCCGGGGCUCACCUCGGCUCACCCCGGCCCCCCCGCGCCUGGCUCCGAGCGCGGCCACUGCCCGGCGCUAGCGGAAAGUGUGAGGAGCCACCGCCGCUCCGGGGCUGCCAAGGCAAACACGGCCCCGCGCAGACGUUAUGUCAGUGGGCGGGGGGGCCGCUCCGGGGCCGAGAACGGGACCCCCCACCCCUUCGCCAAGCCCCGGUACCGGGCACCUGCCGCCGCGCCUCGCCCAGCCACCCGCUUCGCUCCCCCCAGCUCCGUCCGUCUGACCGUGCACCUGCAUCCCCGUCCAGGGUACCGGCCCGCCCGGCUCGGGGCUUCCGCGGGGCGGAGGGGGGAACCCGCAGAACUACCUCACCCUCCGCACGGCUGCCACCGACCCCCGGCUUCAUCGCUCCCCGCCCGUCCCCUCGGGCUACGGUUCGCCAUCGCCGCUGCGCUCUGCCACUGCCUGCGGCUGUGCUCCCGGUGUCUCUCUCUCCCUGCUUCCCCCGAGGCGACGCCGACGGUGCGGUCGCACUCACCUCUCUCGGCGGGGCCAAGACCGGGGCCGGGCGGGGGCCGCGGGCUCAGCCGGGCCGGCGGCGUGGCAGGAAGGACCGGGUGGUCAUCGCGGUCCGCGGCAGCUGCCUGCAGAGGGCACUGCUGGCUCCCGGAGCCGAGCCCCGUGGGCGGCACCGAUACGCAUGUUCUAACCUGCCCCACACCUAUCCAGAUGUUCUAA